CUAUUAGAGGCUCGCCGAAAAUAUAUUGACUUUUGGGUGACGCGGCUUCUUUGACCCAUGCGGUACGCCUAGAAAAUUACUUUCCUACACAGCUCAAGUCCGGUUUGUUAGUCAUCAUAUGGUGUCCAAACGCUUGUAAAUUAAGUCUCUCGUGGAAUGCACACCCAGUCUCUGUAUCACUUAGUCAUCUUAUUCGAAGAAACUAAGCCGAAAUUAUCGAAAACUAUUUCUUAUCGAUCUCCGUCUUUGCCGUACCCGUUUAUCAUACGAAAGCCUCUUAAAAAAACUAGACACUCCAACUCAAGCACUUCAGAUACCCUCGGUAGCAGACAAUUUAAUAACAUUAUCGUUGAAACAUACAUGAUGAAUAAUCCAGAACCGUGGAAUACUGAGAAAGACAGUGAGAUAAAUUUCUUUUCUGGCAAUCCCACUGUUGAAACUACUGAGGGUAUCAUUCACAUAUAUAAGAACCAGUACGUUCACGCACUAUCUAUUCAUUUAAGCGUUUAUUAGGAGAGAAGUUCCUCGAUGUGCUGCUAUCGUCACAAGUACAAUGUUGUGUUUCUUCUCAGUACCAUCUCAUAUAACAGUAAAAGACCUGUUGGUUUUCAUUUCACCUAUGCGGUACGUUUAUGCGUUUUAUUAUCAAGUAUUUCAGUAAUGUGAUAGAAGAGCUGAAAAUAGUAAAAGACUGUACACCGAACCGGUAUAUGGCACUUCUCAAGUUUCGUACACCUGUACGUACUUGCUAUUCCCACUUUACUUUUAUAGGAAGAUACUGAUCAUUUUUAUGAUGCUUAUAAUGGCAUUUGCUACAAUACUUUGGAGUCAGAAGUGUGUCAGCUAAUGUAUGUCUCACACGUGGAGAUCACGCAUCCUUCUACAGGUGUUGCAUUUCCUACCAAAGAUCUAAGAGAAUUACCUUCUUGCCCAGUUUGCUUAGAACGUCUGGAUGAACCUGUGCAAGGUAUUCUGACUACAAUUCUGUGCAAUCAUACAUUCCAUGAUGGAUGCAUUUCACGGGUAGAAGAUACAAUUUGUCCAGUUUGUCGUUAUGUUCAGUCACCUGAAAUGCUUGCUGAUGGUCAAUGUGCAGACUGUGAUAUCAGGGAAAACUUAUGGAUUUGUCUUAUAUGCGGUCAUGUUGGUUGUGGACGAUAUGGUCAAAAACAUGCACAAUUGCAUUUUGAAGAGACAGGGCAUACAUUUGCUCUAGAGCUUGGUAAAACUUUAGUAUGGGAUUAUGCUGAUGAUGCUUACGUUCACCGGUUAGCUGUUAAUCAUGAAGAUGGGAAGUUAGUCCAGCUUGGACCAAGUAGUGAAACUGGUAGUAAAAAAUUAGACAUGCUUAGCAUGGAAUUUAGUGCUAUUCUAACAAGUCAAUUAGAAUCACAACGCGCCUAUUUUGAAGCACAAUUAGACUUGAUUACAACUCAGUCAAAUGAACGUAUUGAAGAAGUGGAGGCUAGAGCUGAAAAAGCUUUGUCAACUGCACGUGCAGCUGAAGAGAAGCUAUCAGAAGUUAUUAAAGAGAAUGGUGUAUUUAGUCGUAAAUUACAACAAGCAACAUCAUUAGCACAACGUUUACAAAAAGAGUUAGAAGAAGAGAGAGCGUUAAAUAAAAGUUUACUUUUGAAUGAAAAAGCUUGGCGUGAAAGAACAGAACAAGCAGAAACAGAGGCAAAAACAGCACGUGAAGAAUGUCGUGAAUUACUAUUAAAUUUAGAAUUACGUGAUAAAUUAAAUGAACUGGGUACAAAUGAAGAGUUAACAAAAGAUGAACUUGAAAAUUGUGAAAUUUCAAUACAACCAGGAAAUUCACAUAAAUCAUCACAGAGAAGGCGAAAAAAGCGCUAAGAAAAAAACUAACACACUCACAUCAAUAAAAUAUUAUCUCUGUCGUUUGUUGCUGUUUUUGUUUGAACUAAACAAAUAUCGCGAUAAUACACACAGACGCAGAGUUACUCUCGGCUUCCUUUUGUUCAUUUCUUUCUUGUCAAAAAGAUUAAACUAUUAUUAUUUGUUAUUAUUAUAUGCGCCUUUAUUUUCAUUUUCUUUUAAAUACCAGUUUAUUCAUCUAUGAAUAUAUACACAUACAUACAUACAUGCAUACAUAAAUAUGUGUCAUCAUAUGCUAAGCAAAAAAGCAGAAAAGAGGAAGUGUGUAUUCGUUUAACAUUAUGCGCAUGCUUAAUACUUGUGUUUUGUAUAAUUUCUUCUUUUUUUUUAUUAUUUUUAAUUGUUGUGUUCAUCAAAAUUGUACAUUUUUUUCUCUUGUGUAUAUUUAUCUUUAAAAAGAAAAAGAGUAAUUAAUAAUAUUAUCGUUUUUGUUAGUGUAGAUGACACUUCUUUCAUCUGGUUGUGAACGUCGGGGAGGCCUGGUUGGG